CCCACCCACCAUGAAGUGCUCCCUGCGGUUCUGGUUCCUGUCUACUGCUUCCCUGCUUGUCUUUGUCAUGUCUCUUCUCUUCACCUACUCACACCACAGCAUCACCUACCUGGACCCCAGCAGCCUCAAUGGCAUCCACCGGGUCAAGCUGGUGCCUGGCUAUGCUGGUAUGCAGCGUGUCGGCAAGGGUGGGCUCUUCAUGAAGAGCUGUGCUUGCCAGCAGUGCAUGGAGGAUGCCAGGGCCUCAGACUGGUUCAACAGCCACUAUGACAGUAACAUCUCCCCAGUGUGGACGAAGGAGAACAUGGACCUCCCGUUGGAUGUCCAAAGAUGGUGGAUGAUGCUGCAGCCCCAGUUCAAGUCCCAUAACACUAAUGAGGUCCUGAGCAAGCUCUUCCAGAUUGUGCCUGGUGAGAACCCAUACAGCUACCGGGACCCCCAGAAGUGUCGGCGCUGUGCUGUUGUGGGCAAUUCGGGCAACCUGCGCGGCUCUGGUUACGGGCGAGAGAUUGAUGGGCAUGACUUCAUCAUGAGAAUGAACCAGGCCCCAACGGUAGGUUUUGAAGCAGAUGUCGGGAGCAGGACCACCCACCACUUCAUGUACCCAGAGAGUGCCAAGAAUCUGCCUGCUAAUGUGAGCUUUGUGCUAGUGCCCUUCAAAACCUUGGACUUGCUGUGGAUUGCUAGUGCCCUGUCAACUGGACAGAUCAGAUUCACAUACGCGCCUGUGAAGCCUUUCCUUCGGGUGGACAAAGAAAAGGUGCAGAUCUACAAUCCGGCUUUCUUCAAAUAUAUCCAUGACCGAUGGACAGAGCACCAUGGUCGAUACCCAUCCACAGGGAUGCUAGUGCUGUUUUUUGCGCUUCAUGUUUGCGAUGAGGUGAAUGUCUUUGGAUUUGGUGCAGACAGCCGAGGCGACUGGCACCACUACUGGGAGAACAAUCGUUAUGCUGGAGAGUUCCGGAAAACCAGGGUGCAUGAUGCUGACUUUGAAGCUCACAUCAUUGACAUGCUGGCAAAGACCAGCAAGAUUGAGGUUUAUCGUGGCAACUGAUGUGCCAGAAGACUCUGUGCUUCAGCUGUUAUUUCAGAAUCAGGUUUCAAGAAAUGGGAUGACUGUCAUGGCCUCCUGCCCUAGGGAUGGGUGGGCAAAUCUUGCUGUGAGAGAUCCCAGAUCAAUCAAGAUGAGCUAUUGGGUUCAGUCUGUGGUCCCUCAUGACCACUUGUGAUGGUUUGGCUAAACAGGAUACUUAGUUCCUUCAACCAAUCGGGUUCAGAGAGAAAAGGAAACUUUUUUUUUUUUUUUUUUUUUCUUUAAAAACAAAACAUCCUGUUUGGGAUAAAAAGGAUUCACAAGCAAAAAUCUGUUGCGGAUUUAAGUCGUAUGCUUCUGACCCAAUCUCCUCACGGUCAAACCAAAUGCUGCUCUUUUUAAAAAUAAUCAUGUCAGAAGAAAGCCCAAACAAUCACAUUCCCAGGCCCAGGGAGAAGCCGCAUGUUUGGACCAUUCUCCUGUGCGACGGCAGUCUUCUGGGAGCUUCAGCACUGACUAGCCCCUAUAGAACGGGGUGGGAUUUUUGCCCAAUCUCCCACAUUCUAAGCUCUAACUAGAACAGUUUGGAACAAGCUUGGGAGCAUCUGGGCAAUUUUCUUCCCUCCUUUCCCUUUGAUAAUGGCAAUCGUUCUCCUGGAGGAGGUUUCCUGCAUUGUUAUUAUAAUUAUCAUUAUUAGUAUUAUUUUUUGUACAAUCAGGUUCAAAAUGCUGAACAGACUGUUGGUUAUUGUGGGUGGACACAAUCAUUUUGACUCAAAAGGUCUAACUUGGCAAAGGAAGGGGUGGGGAAAGGGCUCAGUUUUUGGGUGGACACUGUACCCAAACUGUUAGGUAUGAGCCUGCUGAUGAGACUUCUCACCAAGUUGAAGAUUUUAGAGCUUGAGGAAAUAUUCAGAGGAAAGCCCCUGUCGCAGCAGUGAGGCAGGAUCAGGCUGCUCGGGGAACUGGGUUAGGUGUAGACUGGAAGUCUGAAAUUGGCCAGUGUUUACAGCUACCUAGGAGCUAUUCCUAGGGGAUAGAAGGAAAGGAAGAGAAAUCUCAGAUGAAGCCUGGUGUCCUUCUUUCCUUUCAUCCUUGUUCUAGGAUUAACUAGUUGUGUGGUGGACAGAGGAGGAAACCAUGCCAAAGGCAGCUAAGGAAUCUGGAGAACCUGUGGCCUAGACACCUUGUCCCCCAUUCUACUAAUUUCCAGCUGAGCUUUAGAGCGGGUAGGGAGAAUUCCCUUCAUACACCAGUUACCUCUUCCUAAUCUUAAUCCACAAGGCAUCUUUUUUUAACCUCUUUUCCUCCACCAGCAUCCCCUGGCACCUCCUCCACUUGAAAGCCCAGUGUGUCUCCCAGAAGAGAAUGUCUUCACAACAAGGGGUCCAGGUGAAAAUAUGCUGGUUUCUUGCAAGGUUGUGAUGAAAGUGGAGAUGGUGGCAGCCGAUUGCCUGUGGUUGGCUAAGGUGCCACUUUGCUGUGUUCACUGUAAAUAGCAAGGCUUACCAUCACAAAAUCACUAAUAUCUAAGCUGUAUUGCAGUCUGGCAAGCUCCAUCUAUAGGAAAGGGACUGUCCCAAUGAGCUAAUCUAGUUACAGCUGGUUAUAAACGGAGGCUCUUCUCUCUUUAGAUGGCUGCUUCUCAAUAGUGUUGCUUAUUGGCCCCUGCAGGGACAGUCAUAAUAGCUAGCAAGCGUUGUCUGGUGGGCUUGCAAAGAAAGGUGCUGGGGAAGGGGCGGUUUGGGGGAGAAUGUUCCAGGGAAAUCCCCAUCAGUCACUGUACAAACUGUAUGAGGCAGCAUGCACUGUCAGCCAGAACAGUCUCGGCUGCAGUGGUGGUAUGUGGGGAAAAAUAUUAGAUUUAAUUUUGAAUUUGGGAUGAAGGAACAAUUCAAAAUAAUCUUGAAUUAAGUGAAAUACGGCUGUUGGUUUUCAAGUACAUCUCCCAGCCAAAAGCCUGAAGUCCUCCCUCCAUUUAUAUUCAUGAGAGAACUGCAGGGUUUGGCUCAUGAAUAUAUGUGUAUUUGGUCAAGGCAUGGAGUUAAAGGAUAGUGGGAAAGGCUUCUAUGUAAUAACCACUGGAAGGGGUACCUGAUGCAUACUGGUUUUACUGGCUGCCUUUGACAAACCAGAAGCUCUUUGUAGACCUUUGACUCUUUGCAAACCCUGAAGGAUGUCAUGCCUUUCCCCUGUAUCCUUUUUUUGCUCGAAUUGGGUCCUACUGCUGGAAUAGAGUCCAGCCUGAGUCAUCCGAGCCAAGUCCAUGCAUGGCUUUGGGAACCAUUGUUUCUUUUGCCUGUGUUUGGCCUUAAGUGUGCAGGUAUUCAGGUGAGAGCAGCUCCCCUAAAGGCAGGAUGCGAGUAGAGAAAUUGGAGGUGGCUUCCCUGUGAGCUAGGCUAUGUUUCAUUAGGGAAUAAAGCCCAGAGCUAGACACUGUGUGUGUGUGUGUGUGUGUGUGUGAGAGAGAGAGAGGUAUGAGUUUGGGAGAUCAAAGGAGAAUGACUGCCUCUUAGCCAGUUGGUGCUGGAAGGACUGAAAGCGUACAAUCAUGCCAAACAGUAUUAAAUGGAAUAACUUAUUCCUGCUUGUAUCUUAGGACAUGUCUGUGCUAGUGGCUGUAAAGAAGAAGGAUCCUAGUCUGACAUACCCAUGGUGACCAAAGCCCCUAGUGUAGAAGCAGUUAUAGUGGCAAAACUGAACUUUCACUGAGGCAGCUCAUUUCACAUGUGGUUGAUCGUUUAUUUAACUUAGUACAAAGGUCAGUUUUGCCAGGUUAGCUGUAUCCACACUUGGGAGUGCAGCAUGGUAUUGUAUACCAGUAUUGCUGCAGUAGUGAAGGGCUCAUGGAGUAGACAGCCAUAGCUGAAAUGUGUGAUAUUGGGAGAAAAGGGGCCCAGUAGUGGCUCAGAUCUCCUUGUUGCAAUAGCUAUUUAAACAUUGAUAGUGGGUUUUUUUCCUUUUGUAUCUGUGACUCCUGUAUAGCAGUCACUCCUAGGUUUUGUUUUUGUUUUGACUUUUUCUUUCUGCAGUGGUGAAACUCAAGUCUUAGGACCUGCUACAGCAGCCAAGUGAUGGCUCCUGUUGUUGGGUCUGCAGGGCUCUAAAUAAGUAGGCUGGAUGAAGGUCUGAGACCUUGAAUCUAAAAGUUCUGCUUGUGAUAUCAUGCACUCACACUACUUGCUUGCCAAGCAGCCACUUUGGAUAGUCCAGGCAAAACAGAGCAACUCCUCCAUUGUAGUGCCCCACUGGGGCUUGUAAAGAUAACUUGGAAACCAAAAAUCAGCAGGUCAUUCUAUGAAUUGCAUGCUGGAGUUUUGACAGGACAGUGAAACCUGAAUUCUUUCCUCACCCCUUUCUUCCUGGGAGACAGAGGAAGGAGGAGGGAUUUAUUUCAAGCCCUGGUUUCAACUCUGUUUUUAGAAGAAAUAAAAAAUUUAAAAACUUAGCAACAAAGAGUGCCUUGAAUCAUCUACCGCCUGUUAAACUGGAUGCCACUUGCUCCCCACGCUGUCUGCGAGCACAGUUUGUUAAUGUUGCCUGCUUUCACCGGUGGUCUCAGCUGCUUCCUUCAUUACUUCCAUGCUUCUGUGUUUAUGACAAAUUGGAGCUUGAUGCUGGGGUUAGCUGAAAAAUGGUUAUUAUAAUGGGGAAGGCAGAGAGGUUGCCAGCUGCUUCCUUUCAUGGAGAUGCUGCUGACAUUCCAACCUCUUCCUGCUCUCAGUGGUGGGCAAUGUCAAGUAAGGAGAGAGAGCUGCAUUUGUUUAAAAUCUCCAGUUGCUGGUUUUGGUAAAAGUGGUGUGGCUCCUGUCAAGUGGAAGAAGGAGGUACUGGCUUGACAACUGAGGAGUGACAGGAGCUGUCCUACCAAACAGGAUCUGGCUUCUGGUGCUCUGACUUCCUGCAGAGCAUGCUCCGGGCAAAAUUCUGCUUUGCUGCUAAGAUGUCUCAGGGGCAUGGAGGCAGCCUUCUUAAAGUGACUGAUUCAUGAAAUGGCGUCUUUGCCCUGUGUAAUAGCCUGGAUCCCACUAAGAUGUCAGUUUUGUGUCCAGGAGAAACCAACAAACAUGAUUUGCGACCUAAAAAACAUGACUUACAAGGAAAAGAUGGAAGUACUGAGAUGAUUUAGUCUGGAGAAGAGAAGACCAAGGAGGGAUCUGAAGACUCUUCAGAUAUAUAAAGGGUGGUUAUAAAGAUGGUGCUAGAUGGUUCUCUGUCCACAGCGGGCAGGCCAAGAUUGAAUGUUCUUAAAUAGCAACAGGGCAUGUUUUAGGUUAGAUAUAAGGAAGAAUUUUUGAACUCUGAGGGUGUUCAAGCAGUGUGACAGAUUACCUGGAGAGACUUUGGAAACUCCAUCAUUGGAACUUUUUAAACUGCAGGUUAGGCAAACCUUUAUCUGGGACAGUUUAAAUGGAAGUGAUCUUGCCUUGAGCAGGGGGUUGGACUCGCUGACCUCCAUC